UACAUGCGCCUGACAAAAAAAAAAGGAAGCACAUGGAUGACGUCAUAAUAUGUUGGCCCACCGAUUUGAGACGGAAGCCUGGCUCAAAUUGUUUAGGCUUUUGGCUGGGCAUGUGGCCCACGAAUUGCCCUUCACAAAAUGGAUCGAUGGAACCGUGGAAGUAAUUUUUGGGCAAAAGAGCAAUUUGGCAGCCCUUUCGUCUGCCUUUUGGGUAACGACUGGACUUGCUCUAAGGAUCUUUGCUCGCCCGAAACUUUUUUUUUUUUUUUCUUCUUCAUGUGUGUGGGUAAAUCUCAGCCUUUCACUUUUGAAGAAAAAUGUGCAAGGAGAAUUUCUAUACAAUUAAGAGCACUAUCAAUCAAGGAUGGAAAAUGUUUGAGAAGAGGCGCCAUUUUAUUUGGUUGAAAAACUCUUCCGUGUACGUGAUUUAAAAUAUUCAUCUUAGCUAAGAAAAUGGAAAUUUAAAUUCUUGACUGUAUAUUUUGGAGAUGAAUCACAUUAGAUAAAGGGAAAAGUAAAUGAGAUACUAAAUUUAUAUUUCUCUCAUUGAAAUAAAGCUCAUAUUCAUGAAGCUGCUGACAAUACUUACAUAUAUUUAAUGCAAUUAAUAUUUCAUGAAAAUGUAAAAUUAGAUGCAAAUAAAGGAUUUGACUACAAUAGUUACAUGUAUUUAAUACAAUUGCUAUUUGACGGUCAGAUAUAUUCAUAUAAACAUAUGUAUUUAAUACAAGUACAAUCUGACCGUUAGGAUGGUUAACGGAGGAAAGUCAUGACUGAUCAAAUGUUAAAAAUGCCCUAGAAAGCUAGGGUGUGACAAAAACCCAAUUACUUUCUAAAUGAAUGCAUUUUUUUCUAACAACCAAGUAUAUCCAACAUUUUAUUCAAACAACUAAGAACGAUGUAUAAUUGACAAAGUUAAGGGGAAACAAUACAAAGAUAAUAAUUCAAGAAAUCUUGUGCGUCUGUAAAUUUUGACAAAAAGUAAAAACCCAGUGCCUGCACCAGAAAAACAUGGGCAGCUGACCUCCCUUUUCUCUGGGCAUGUAUUUCAUGCCUAUCGCCUAACCUAUCCCUCAUUUGCUUAUCCUUGUCCACCUACACACCAUCAACACUCGUUUUCUCAACUCAACUUAUAGAUUUUUACAGAGGCAACAAUUCAGUUCAAUUCAAGAAUUUAAGCAGCGCAGAAGAUGAGCGGGACGUUGAGCACAAGGAACAAAGCAAAGAUGACGGGGUUGGAUAGCGCGAAGCCGCCAAAAGGGUCGAUUCUGGUUCAUCUUCUUGCCCUCUCAGUGAUGGGUUUCGUCGUUACAGCUCACGGGAAAUUGCCUGAGGUUUCGGCAGUGCAGAAUUAUCCCCCAAAUGCGCCCCCUGCAUUCUACAUUCUUGGGGAUUCCUCUGUCGACUGCGGAGACAACACGCUGUUUUACCCACUCGUUCACAGCUUUCUCUCCUUGUAUUCCUGCAACGGUUCUUCUGAUGCGAGCCUCAUUCCUCAUCUUCUCGCUGGGAAGAUGGGGAUGCCGAGUGUCCUACCAUUCUACAGCCAACAAAACGGAUCCAUUGAUGGAAUACUAAGAGGCCUCAACUUUGGUUCGGCACAAGCAACUAUCAUGAACCCUAGCGGCCAGAGCUACCAGUCCAUAAACCAACAACUCCGCCAAGUUUUCGAUUCAAUGCAGCUCUUACAACUGCAGCUCAGCCAGGAUGUAGUUCUCCAUUUCAUCAGAUCAUCCAUCUUCUACCUCUCCUUUGGCAAAGACGACUACAUCAACCUCUACCUACGCCACGCCUCCUCCUCCUCCGGCGCUGAGAAACCCAAGAACAGUGACCAGGAAUUUUCCCACAUUUUAGCAAAUCAGAUGAUACAUGUCAUAAGGAACCUGUACGACAUGAAUGUGAGGAGGAUCAUAUGCAUGGGGAUAUUGCCUUUGGGAUGCACGCCGCGUAUGUUGUUCGACCACCACAAUUCCAGUUCCACCAAUUCCAAUUCUGAACCUGGUGACAAAGAAGACGAUGAUGUCCGGAGUGGAUGCGUGGAGGAGAUCAACGAGCAGGUCUCGGAGUACAACAAAGUGCUGCACCAGCAGAUAGGCAAGCUCCACGCAGAGUUGCCGGAUGCACAUAUAGUGUUCUGUGAUGUGUACAAGGGAAUUAGAAAGAUCAUAAACAACCCGAAACGCUACGGAUUUGAGGAUGUGAAGAGUGCUUGCUGUGGGUUGGGCAUGUACGGAGCAGCGAUCGGAUGCCUUUCGAAAGAAAUGGCGUGCCAACAAGAUUCAAGCCAUGUGUGGUGGGAUUUGUACAACCCAACCAAGGGAGUCAACUCCUUGCUUGCUGACUCCGCCUGGAACGGCUUUCCCCUCUCUCGCAUUUGCCGCCCUACCACCAUCCAGGAAUUACUUUCCACCUCCACUACUACCGCCGCCGCCGCUGCUCCGGUCUCGCAUCCUCCCACUUGAAUUCCUAAAUUUCAAAUUGAAAAUUAAUAGGGCUUGAUGUAAUUGUAGUGAUUCCACACUCCUCUGUUCAAAUGUGUUGCAAAUUGCAAUAUAAAAUUGUAAAAAAUCGAAAGUUUUAAAACCCCCAACG